AUGGCGGCCGCCAAACUCCACCCGCUCAAACCCGCCACCUGGGCGCUGCAGCAGCACGUCUCCAAGUUCGGGCCCUCCUCACGAUGGAGUAACAAGGACAUGGACCCCGUGCCCCCGGAGGAACGAACCUGGUCUACCUGGGACUACUGCGCGUACUGGAUAUCGGACGCCACCAACGCCGCAGUGUGGCAGCUCGCGAGCAGCAUGCUAGCGGUCGGUUUGUCGUGGAGGCAGGCGCUGCCUGCGAUUGCGCUGGGGAGCUCGAUCAUUGCGGUCGUCAUGGUCCUCAACGGAACGAUUGGUGCACGACUGCAUAUCGCCUUCCCCAUCCUCAAUCGUUCGUCCUUCGGGUUCUGGCUCAGCUACUUCAGCGUGGUUAGCAGGGUGGUGCUCGCGAUGUUCUGGUUCGGUGUCCAGACAUACACUGGCUCAGAGUGCGUAUACCAAAUGCUCAAAGCUAUCUGGCCUUCUGUCGCCCGAAUCCCCAAUCGCCUGCCCGAGUCCGCGCACAUCACCACCGUCGGCAUGAUGUGCUACUUCCUCUACUGGCUUAUCCAAUUCCCCCUCAUGUUCAUCUCGCCGCAAAACAUCCGUUACUUCUUCACCAUCAAAGGCAUAAUCGUCCCCUUCGCCUGGUUGGCCAUGCUUAUCUGGGCCUUCGUCAAGGUGCCUGCAAGUAGGAGCCUCGAGCCCCAGCACUCGAGCUUGAAUGGGAGUGACCUCAGCUGGGCCUGGUUGAGCGCCCUAAAUAGUUCGCUAGGGAUCUACGCGACACUUUCGGUCAACAUUCCUGAUUUUACUCGUUAUGCGAAGAAUGAGCGAGCACAAAUGAUCCAGAUCGCCAUCAUCCCCGUCGCAUUUACCUUAAUCUCCUUUGUCGGCAUGUCCGUAACCGCCGCCGGCGAAGUCCUCUACGGCGAGGUCCUCUGGGACCCGCUACACCUCAUCGACCGGUGGGACAACCGCGCCGCGGCCUUCUUCGCCUCCUUCUCCUUCAUCCUCGCCACCCUCGGCACCAACAUCUCCGCAAACAGCCUCUCCGCCGCCAACGAUAUGAUGGUCCUCCUGCCCGAGUAUAUCAACAUCCGCCGUGGGCAGGUCAUCUGUGCGAUUAUUGGCGGGUGGGUUCUGUGCCCCUGGGAGAUAUUGGCGUCUGCCCCGGGGUUCUUGUCGUUCAUGUCGGGGUAUACGGUAUUCUUGGGCCCAUUUGCGGGGAUAAUGGUGGCUGAUUAUUGGAUCAUCCACCGGUGCAAAGUCGACGUGCCCGCCAUGUACGAUCCGCACGGCAGAUACAGGUACUGGAACGGCAUCAACUGGCGUGCACUCGUCGCACUCAUCGUCUCAAUAGCCCCGACCCUCCCCGGGCUGAUCAACAACAUCAACACCUCGAUCCCCGUGGGCAACGCACGGUUCCUCUUCAACGUCGCUUGGCUCUUCGGGUUCUUUACGGCCUUGGGCGUGUACACCCUCUUCUCCUUGGCCUUCCCGGCUUUGGAGACGUUUGUGGAGCACGUUAUACUUGCGGAGGACUUCCUCGCGGCGCUCGCGGUGGAGAAGGAAAAGGAAGAUAUGUCCUCUACGCGGAGUCAACAUGAUGUAGACGUGAAAUUCAGGGAGAAGGAGAAGGGAGAGGUGAUGUCGACGACGGAGAGCGCGUAG